AGCAGAGCGUUGUGUGCAAAUAAAAGAUAAUUUUCGAAGUAUACCCGUAUAACUAAAUAAAUUAACCCCAACUAUGGUUUCGAGUUCGCUGAAAAUUUGCGCUUUACUAACAAUAUUCGUAGUCAGCUUGCAGCAUAUCUCGGCGGAGCAGGCUGUUUGCGGUCCCGCCAUAGACGCAGCCCUCAGUCUCAUGUGCGAAAACGGCUUCAAUACCAAAUUUAAGAAAUCACUGGAAUGGGAUGAUCUCGGUAACACUGAGCCCGAAGCAUUGUCGCCCUUCGGCRUGAUGAACUUYCCUUUCUUAGCCAAAAUUCAUGGCGGCCAGGUCGAUACAGUGGCUAAAACACGUCGCCGCCGGGAAGGUGUCUACGACGAAUGCUGCCGCAAAGCCUGCUCCUACAACGAGUUGUUAUCCUACUGCAAAUAAGCUUUUCCAUUUCUAGAAUCUUUUUACCGACUUUCACGUUAAAUGAAUUUACACAGACUCUCCAGAAUCCACGUUUUACGCAAUUACCACYCUUCCCCAGCUCAUACGUGAGGAUAUGUUGCCAAGCGAUGAAACUAAGCGGCGUUCGAAAAUGCU